GAGUUCCCGGUCGACAACAAGUUUGCGACUGAGCUUCUUCAACCGCUGGCAAACAACGAUCUGUUUCCGAUGUCUACCCUAGCGGCGCGGCUGUGCGACCGAUGCCAAGGGUUCGAUGUCUGCAAGCCAUUCUUCAACAUCAUCGAUACUUUACCAGACCUCAAGUCCAGCCAGAGUUCGUGUGACUUUUGCAAAAUGCGGUGGGAGGUUUGCCACAGCCCCAACGGGGAACCAGUGCAAAGCAUCCGCUUCGAUCGUGAGCAGUCGACUCUGAAACUCAACGAGAGCCUUCUUCCCGUCAUCUCCAUCUGCCGUAGCCCAGAUCUCGUCAGCCCCCACGCCAACGCCAUCCAAAUCGGCCUGCCCCGGAUCGCCGAGGCCGCUAGCUGGCAGCACCUCAGCACGCUCCGGCGCUGGCUUUCAGACUGUGACAAAAACCACCCGAAAUGCCGCCCCGUCGAGAGGAGCCGGCCCGCCCCUCGCCCGCCAACCCGCCUCAUCGACGUGGGCACCAUCGCCAAGCCGCUCGCGCGACUCUUGGACACCCAAGCCUCCUCCCCGGCAUCCGUCCCGUACAAAUACGCCGCACUCUCGCACCCGUGGGGUCCCGAGCCUCACUUCUGCACCUUCUCGUCCACGCUGGACCAGCACAAGCAGCGCAUUCCCGUCGAGCGCAGCGACUUCCCGGCCACGUUCCGCGACGCCAUCGCCACGACGCGCGAGCUCGGCCUGCGCCACCUGUGGAUCGACUCCAUCUGCAUCGUCCAGGGCCCGGACGGAGACUUUGGCGUCGAGUCGAAGCGCAUGGAGGACGUGUUCAGCUCGGCGUACUGCGUCAUUGCGGCCAGCCGUGCCAGGGGCCAGACGGAUGGGUUUCAGGGCCCGAGGAAGCAGCGGCAGUUCCUGGAGCUUCCCGUCAAGAACGCGGGGGCCGCCGCCGGCGGGCAAGGAGGCACGGGGAGGUUGUUUGUGUGUCAGUUCAUUGACGACUUCGGCGAGCAUGUGCUCAACAGCCCGCUCAGUAGGAGAGGGUGGGUGCUGCAGGAGAGGGCGCUCGCGCGGAGGAGCAUCUACUUUACGGAUUGGCAGGCGUACUGGGAAUGCGGCGAGGGAGUGCGUUGUGAGACGCUGAGCAUGGUAAACGACAAGCUCGCCUCCUUCUUGGGCAACCCACACUUUCCCUCCAAACUCUCCAGCAACCUAACCGACCGCGGCGAGAAGAUCCGUUUCUACGAAGACAUCUACAAGCGGUACUCACGCCUGGACUUGAGCCGCAUCACCGACCGCGCCGUGGCCAUCGCGGGGCUCGAGCGGCGCAUGCUCACCGAUCUCAACGCUCGCGGCGGGUUCGGCAUCUUCGACGACGGCCGCAGCCUGCUGCCGCGCACGCUACUGUGGCGGCGCGGGGAGGGGGACGCCGCCGCGGCCAACCGUCGGGCUCGGCCACCCAGCUGGUCGUGGGCCGCAUACGACGGCGUAAUCGACUUUCUGACUCUGCCGCUCGGCGAGGUCGACUGGCGCGAGGACCAGAUCUACAGCCCCUGGAAGACCGUGGGGGGGAGAGAAGAGAGGAAGAGGCGGCGGCGAACGGGUUGCGUGCUGUCGCCUACCCGUUCGUAAAGCAACCACUUCGACCACUCCUCGAUCCUGGCCGGGGCGAUUUCGAGGUCGUUCUCGAUGCGGGCGAGAGCGUGGCUAUCGAGGGGUGGGAGGACUGGAAAUGCGUUGUCGUUGGGACGAAGAGGGGUACCCAGUCACCGGCAAACGCCCGUCAAGGAGAGGACGCACUAUCUGCUGAUCAUCACCACAGCAGAGGGUGGGGUUUACACUCGAAUCGGGGUUGGUACAAUGGUAGGGGAUUUCAUCGGAGAGCGCAUGGCUUCAACAGUUGUAGUGCAUUGAGUCAUAGGUCCUGACAGUGCCUUGCUGGGUAUCUUACAUGUACCCACCCAAUGGUUAAUGUACAUAUA